GGGAAACAUAGUCAGGAUAAAGUAAUUCCCACGACCAAACACUUAAAAAAGGAACGCAGUUUUCUUCUUCUUCAGGAUUUGUACGGCGUCAACGGGCAUUGACCUUGUCGCAGAUUUUCCUCUCUAGUCUCCGUCUUCUAUUACCAGAUCGAGCUUUGUUCUUCGAGCUUCUCAUCUCUUUGUUCAAUCUCAAAGGUAGAAAUUCGCGUUAAUUUACUUGUGAUUUCGCUGUUUUUUGGUUACUGUUUCCGUGUUGAUCGAUCUAGUUCUGGGUUUUUCGAUCAUAUGAAAUGUUAUUUUCCUUAUUAGGGUUUUUGUUGACCAAAACGAAUUUUUCUAUUUUCUUUCGAAUUUUGAUCUUCGAAUAUCGAAUUCGGUUUUUCUCAGCAAACCCUAAUUACAUUCAUCCGUAAAAAACUGUUUAAUUUCUGGUUAAACCAGUUUCCUUGAGCAAAUUUUGUUGGAUCGAGAAGAAUAUUUGUAUGAUCGAAGAGAUCGUAUCUGAAAACCUGGUUUAACCGGGUUUGAACCUUUUUGUGUAUUUGAUUUUGUAUGAAUCUCUGCAGAAUUCGUAGGUGUAUAUUAUUGAUUGUUAGUAUUUCCUUUCGUGCUCGUUAUUGUUUAGUAUCAUUGAAGGAUACUUGAACAAGUUGAUGUUUCAGCUGCUUUCUGGUUUGUUCUGUAUGUACAAUUCCAGGUUCUUGCUGUUUUUCAUUUACAGGUUUUUGAGUAUCAGCAAAGAUGGGUGACAAUCUUAUGGACAAAGUUACCGCAUUUGGUGAGCGCCUGAAGAUCGGAGGUUCGGAAGUGAGCAACAAGAUCAGUGCUGGUGUGAGCUCAAUGAGCUUUAAAGUGAAGGAACUUUUUCAAGGUCCAAACCCAACUGAUAAAAUAGUCGAAGAUGCUACUACUGAGAAUCUAGAGGAACCUGACUGGGAUAUGAAUUUGGAAAUUUGUGAUAUGAUAAAUCAAGAGACAAUUAAUAGCGUUGAGUUGAUCCGUGGUAUAAAGAAGAGGAUUAUGAUGAAGCAGCCGAGGAUUCAGUACCUUGCCUUGGUUUUGCUCGAGACGUGUGUUAAGAACUGUGAGAAGGCGUUUUCAGAGGUGGCAGCAGAGAGAGUCCUUGAUGAAAUGGUAAAGCUGAUUGAUGAUCCACAAACAGUUGUUAAUAACCGAAACAAAGCUUUGAUGCUGAUUGAAGCUUGGGGAGAAUCAACCAGUGAACUUCGCUACCUACCAGUUUUCGAAGAAACUUAUAAGAGCUUAAAAGCAAGAGGUAUUCGCUUCCCUGGACGAGACAACGAAAGCUUGGCACCUAUUUUCACUCCUGCUCGGUCAACUCCAGCACCAGAACUGAAUGCUGAUCUUCCUCAGCAUGUGCAUGAACCUGCACAUAUCCAGUAUGAUGUGCCUGUAAGAAGCUUUACUGCUGAGCAGACAAAGGAAGCUUUUGAUAUAGCAAGAAACAGCAUUGAACUUCUUUCCACGGUUCUGUCCUCCUCGCCUCAACAUGAUGCUUUACAGGAUGACUUAACAACGACACUUGUACAACAAUGUCGUCAAUCUCAAACCACUGUCCAAAGAAUCAUUGAAACAGCAGGUGAAAACGAAGCCCUUCUUUUCGAAGCCUUGAAUGUGAACGACGAGCUAGUGAAAACGCUGUCUAAGUAUGAGGAGAUGAACAAACCCUCUGCACCGCUAACCUCACAUGAACCAGCCAUGAUUCCCGUUGCUGAAGAGCCCGAUGACUCUCCAAUUCAUGGAAGAGAAGAAUCUCUGGUUAGAAAAUCUUCUGGUGUUCGAGGUGGAUUCCAUGGAGGGGGUGGUAGUGGAGAUGACAUGAUGGAUGAUCUUGAUGAGAUGAUAUUCGGUAAGAAAAACGGCUGUGAUUCUUCGACUAAUCCAGAUCAUGACCCAAAAAAGGAGCAGUCCUCAUCCAAAAACGACGAUCUCAUUCGAUUCUGAGACGGAUACUUUCAGGCGACAUAAUAAAUCUUUUAUAAUGUAUUUGGUGUUUAAUUGGUAGUAUGAAUGAACAGGUUCAAUGUAAGUAAUCUGUGUUUGGAGAUCUCUUUGACUUGUGUGAUGGUUUAUAAAGGAGAUUUGUUAUGAUGGCACAUGAGAUUUGAAAUACAUUCUAUUCUAGUUUCUGCUA